UUGUUAGUAGAUAUGCUUAACAAAAUGGCCCAAGAUUUUCCCAUCUGCCACUUUUUGUUAGUAGAGCCGUGUAAUCCACUCGCCGGGACUUUUUCUUCUCUGGACGGGUAUAUGGGUAGCACAAGAGUCAAAACACGACAUCGCACGGAUAAAAGCAUUGAAUGUUGAGUAUUCAGAAAUGGAAAGAUAGAGAGACCACCUUCCUGCUCGCUGCAAUGGAUUGCCUUGUUAAAUGGAACAAAACAAUACAAUACGUUCGCCAAAUUCAGGGGAGAAGAAGAACAAUGGAAGGUCUUUGUAAGAUACAGGGGCGUAUGUCAAUGGCGGGUGCACCAGCUUUGUUGAAGCAUCUGCAUCUGCAUCUGCGCUGCAUUAACCCUGUCCUCACUGGUGCAGUGAUGGGAACACGCUCUCAAGUAAGGCGUCCUUUUGCUUUUAAGACGGCGUGCAUUUCCAGUGUCAUCACUGGUGGAGGCGGAAAUGGAGGUGAAGGUGGAGACAGAGGAGGAGGCGGCGGCGGCGGCGGUGGCAGAGCGAGGGAAGUAAGUCCAGGGCGCAAAGAGCCUGACAAUGGCACGCAUGUCAUAAUUCUGGAUGUCCGGGGAAUGUCUUGUGGUGGUUGUGCAGCAUCGGUCAAGCAGAUAUUAGAAAAGCAGCCACAAGUGGCCUCUGCCAGUGUAAAUCUUGCAACGGAAACGGCAGCUGUCUGGACUGUUCCGGAAAUGCAAGGAACAAAGAACUGGCUAAAGGAUUUUGGAGAGAACCUUGCAAACCAUUUAACAAGUUGUGGGUUCACUUCUAGUGUUAGAGAUUUGACAACUGAAAAAGGAAAUCGAUCGUCCCAAAAUAAAAAAGAAGAACGAGUGGGUCGUCUGAAGGAUAGUGGUUAUAGACUUGCUAUUUCGUGGGCUCUUUGUGCCACUUGUCUUCUUGGACAUGCUUCUCAUUUCUUUGGAACAAUGGCACCAUCAUGGAUGCACAUAAUUCAUAAUACAGGCUUUCACAUGGCAUUGUCUUUGAUUGCUCUGGCUGGUCCAGGUCGCCAGAUUCUUGUUGAUGGUUAUAAGAGUUUGCGUAGAGGAGCCCCAAAUAUGAAUACUUUAGUUGGUCUUGGAGCAGUUUCCUCAUUUAUUAUCAGUAGUAUAGCAGCUUUGGUUCCAUCAUUGGGUUGGAAGGCCUUUUUUGAGGAGCCUAUAAUGCUUCUAGCUUUUGUUCUUUUGGGGAGAAACCUGGAAGAGAGAGCAAAGUUAAAGGCCAGCAGUGAUAUGACAUCACUUUUGAAUUUUCUUCCAUCAAAAGCUCGUCUUUUAGUCGGAUCAUCUACAGAGGGCUCCCUUCCAACAGUUGAAGUGGCAUGUAGCAGCCUUUCUGUCGGAGACCAUGUUGUGGUUCUACCAGGAGAUCAUAUUCCGGCAGAUGGAACUGUAAGAGGAGGGAAGAGUGUCGUGGAUGAAUCAAGUCUCACAGGAGAACCUUUGCCAGUUAUCAAACAACCUGGGGAUGGAGUCACUGCUGGAACUAUGAACUUCAAUGGUACUCUAACAGUUGAAGUAAGGAGGCCAGGUGGAGAGACUGUCAUGGGGGAUAUUGUUAAAAUAGUGGAAGAUGCUCAAAAUAGGCAGGCACCAGUACAACGUCUGGCUGAUAAGGUUGCAGGUCGCUUCAGCUAUGGUGUGAUGGCUCUCUCAGCAGCUACAUUUGCAUUCUGGAAUGUGUUUGGCACAAAACUUUUUCCAUCUGUUGUACCACCACAUGGUAGUGCAAUUCUCUUGGCAUUACAAUUAUCAUGCAAUGUUCUGGUUAUUGCUUGUCCUUGUGCUCUUGGCCUUGCAACACCUACUGCUGUGCUGGUAGGAACUUCUCUAGGUGCAAUGCAAGGCCUUCUCAUACGUGGUGGAGAUAUUCUGGAGAAAUUCUCCUUGGUUGAUACAGUGGUUUUCGACAAAACAGGGACCUUGACUGCUGGUAAGCCAGUUGUGACAAAGGUGUUUGCUACUGGAAAUGGAGAAAGUGAUAUUUUCUUUCCAACUGAUGAGGCCACUGUCGGGAAAUCUAAGCUUCCAAAUGGGCCAGAAUUGGAGAUAUUCAGACUAGCAGCUGCAGUUGAGGCAAAUACUAUGCACCCAAUUGCCAAAGCUGUUGUGCAAGCUGCAAGAUCUGCCGGUUGUAAAAUUGCAAUGGUUAAGGAUGGAACAUUUGAGCAAGAACCUGGAUCUGGUGCAACAGCAGUUGUGGAAGAAAAAAGGGUUUCAGUUGGCACGUUAGAGUGGCUUCACAGGCAUGGAGUUAAAAAUGGGGAUCCUCCAUCUUUGGAAGGGUCAAAUGAGACUAUUGUAUAUGUAGGAGUGGAUGAUUGCUUAGCUGGUGCUAUAUAUAUGCGGGACAAAGUAAGAGAAGAUGCAUGCACUGUUGUUGAGUCUCUUGCUCAUAUGGGAAUUUCUACUCAUUUGCUUUCUGGAGAUAAGCAUACUACUGCAGAAUAUGUAGCUACAUUGGUUGGUAUUGACAAGGAGAAGGUUCUAGCGGGGGUAAAGCCUGAUGGGAAGGCACAAUUUAUAGCUCAACUCCGUGAACAGAAGAAAAAUGUGGCAAUGGUGGGAGACGGAAUCAAUGAUGCUGCAGCCUUGGCUUGUUCAGAUGUUGGUAUUGCAAUGGGUGGUGGUGUUGGAGCUGCUAGUGAUGUUGCAUCAAUUGUUCUUAUGGGUGAUAGAUUGACACAAAUACUCGAUGCUUUGGAACUUAGCAAGAUGACUAUGCGGAAAAUCAAACAGAAUCUUUGGUGGGCAUUUAUGUAUAAUAUUGUUGGUAUACCAGUUGCUGCUGGAGUGUUGUUACCUGUGACUGGCACCAUGUUAACUCCAUCUAUAGCAGGGGCCCUCAUGGGUAUCAGCUCAUUAGGGGUGAUGGCCAAUUCACUUAUGUUGCGACUGGAAUUCAAUUCAAAACAUAUUCCUUUUGAUUCUUUUACUGUAAAAUCCCAGGAAAUCCAGAUCAAAUCUUUGGAGUCCAAAGCAAGCAAUAUUUCUAAUUAUUCACAGGAACAAGAUAUUGAAAAAGCAUUUCCUUCUCAACAAGAGGGCAGCAAAUAUGCCUAACUGUAAAGGAGUUAUUCGGAAAGCUAGUUAUAUUUGUUUUCAUUUUUUGUUUCCAAUUUCUUGAAAUCCCAUAUAUGAUUGAUUUCAAGUUCACCUUGUCUAAUGGAAACAUGUGCUUGAUAAUCUUUAUAAUUUUAAAACUUGAUCAAGAUUUCAUA